AAGAUCCAAAGAAAAGGAGAAUGCUCUAUGCCUGUUGUGCUACACUGUGGCAUGAAACUGCGACUGAAAUGAGACAGUUGGUAACAUCUAUUUUAAGGUUAGACAUGCGACAAAGUAUAAACAAAUUUAUGGAAGAAGACUUAAAGGAAGAUGUCGAGACAUUUGAUUUAGAAGCACAUGUAUUUUUUGAUGAUGCAUUUGAACCCACAACGGACCCAGAAAGUCAAAGAAAAGAAAUGAAUAUACAUGUUAAAACCUUCAUACGAGAAUUGAGUUUUGCUACCUGGGACUUUUAUGAAAAACAAAUUGAAUUACCAGACGGCGGUAUGCUUAAAACUCCUUAUGGUGCUAGAAUUGAAUGGACACUUCCUGGAGAGAAUAAAAUGUUCAUUCAUUUGAAAGACAAGAAAAAAGUUCGAAACAAGAAGCGCUGGAGUCAGGUUAUGUAUAUGCUGUACAUUUUAAAAUGGAAAAUACCACAGAUUCUAAACCCCGAAAAAGGCUACAACAGUUCAAAAACCAAAAGCGAGAAAGAAAAGUUAGAUAAAAAGAAAGAAAAGUUAGAUAAAAAGAAAGAGAAGUUAGAAAAAAAGAGCGAGUUAGAAAGAAUGGAAUUGUUAGAAAAGAAGAAGAUAAAAAAGUUAGAAAAGAAGACAAAAAAAAAGAAACAAAUCCAAGAAAUAGCUGAAAAUACUUUCCUACUAGCUCUCGAUGGAGAUGUUGACUUCGAACCAGAGGCUGUUCUAAGUUUAAUGAGACGAAUGGAAAAGAACGAUAAAGUAGGGGCAGCAUGUGGCAGAAUUCAUCCCAUUGGGAAUGGUCCUAUGGUUUGGUAUCAACAGUUUGAAUAUGCAAUAAGUCAUUGGCUUCAGAAAGCAACUGAACACGUUAUUGGCUGUGUCUUAUGUAGUCCUGGCUGUUUCAGUUUGUUUCGUGGUUCUGCAAUAUUACAGCACGAAGUUCUUGAGACAUAUACUUCAGUUGCACAAGAAGCAAGACAGUGUUUGCAGUAUGAUCAGGGCGAGGAUCGAUGGUUAUGCACUCUGCUUUUGCAAAAAGGAUGGAAAAUUGAAUAUUGUGCAGAAUCAGAUUCGCGUACAUUUGCUCCCGAAUCUUUUAAUGAAUUUUACACCCAACGUAGACGAUGGACACCGUCAACUAUGGCCAACAUCUUGGAAAUUAUUCAAGACUGGAAAAAUGUAACCAAAAAUAAUGAAAAUAUAUCCUUCCUGUACAUAGUGUAUCAAUUCAUUUUAUUUGUUUCCACAAUUCUAACACCGGGAACAAUAUUUAUGAUUAUCUUGGGAGCAUUAAUUGUUGGAUUUGAAACCAUUCCGCCAUGGUUGGCACUUAUCUUGAACCUUAUUCCAGUAAUAGUGUUUAUAUUGAUGUGUUUGUAUACCUCAACUGAACGUCAGUUGCAAAUGGCCGCCGUUUUAUCUUGCAUAUACGUGAUUGUAAUGGUUGUUGUAAUGAUCGGAGUUGUUCGAGACGCUAUACUUGAGGGCUUGUGCUCAACCACAACCAUUUUUAUUAUUUUUGUGGCUGGAGUGUUUGUUAUAUCAGCUAUUCUUCACCCAAAGGAGAUCCUAUGCAUACUUCCUGGAGUACUAUAUUUUUUGGCCAUACCUUCAAUGUCUAUGUUGAUGUUUCUGUUUUCUAUUGGUAAUCUUCAUGUCACGUCAUGGGGAACACGAGACAGUGAAACGAAAAAGAAGCCAGACGGUAAAGCAAACACUGAUCAGAUAAAACAUAAACAGGACGCUGGAUAUCUUUGUUCGUUCGGAAAGCUUGUAUGUUGUGCGAUAUCCGAUACGAAAGAGAACACCAAUGACCAACGUACAAAUGAAGAACAACCACAAACGCCGAAAGUGGAUGACACUAAUAAAAAAUCAAGUUUAAAUAACGGAAUGCACGAUAAAAAAUCAAGUUUAAACAACGGUAGGACAAACCUAGAAGACACCUUUGAUUAUAUUGUCGAUGAAAAUGUCCCCAAUAUCAGCGAAAAGGAAACCAUAUUUUGGGAAAAAAAGAUAGAGCAAUAUUUGAAGCCACAUAAUGAGAAAGACCAGUUUGCGAAUGAACGAGAGAAAAAACUAAAACGCGAAUUAGUUGAAUUAAGGAAUACCGUCUGUCUAUUUGUUUAUCUUUCCAAUGCCGUUCUUGUAACAGUCAUGUUUGGGUUAACACAGGUCAAUGCGUUCAAAAGCUCGUUAACGGCUGCAUUUGAUUGUGGCGGUGAAAAUAUUUCCAUCGUUCCCAUAGCAAUAUUAUUCAGUGCUGUAUUUGGAUUUCUUCUUCUCAUACAGUUCUCAUGUAUGCUGUACCAUAGAUUUUCUACGCUCGUUCAUAUCACUGCCAAUACUGACUUACGUAGUACAGAAGAUGAACAUAUUGCUGAAAUAAUGAAUAACAUUAUUAAACAUGCUAUACAACGAAGUAGAAAUGAAACGACAGAUGUAUCAGACAAGUGUAGAAAAGUUUUGGACGGGAAUAGAUCUGUUCUUGAGGCAAAGCAAAAAACGUGUACAAAAUUCAGAGAGCUAAUUUUAAAAAAUCACGAUAAGUUAAAAAAAAUUGUGAGCAUAGAACCGAGUAAUUUAAAGGAUAAGGAAAUACACGAGAAGGUGAAAGCAAAAUGGCAACUAUUUUUUAAACCAAAAUUCCGAGAUAUUGUCAAAACAGCGGUAAAACAAGAAAAGAAAAAGGCGGAAGAGGUCAGGAAACGGUCUUCAACUGCAGAACCAAAGACAAACCAAGUCUGUCCUGUGUCAACAAAUGAUUCGUUGGAAUCGACUUGUAAUGAGGCAGUUAACACUGACAGCAAUGUUUGA